GUUUCAUGAUCAAGUCGGACUUAUUAAACGACGUACCACCAAUGUCAACCCGGCGUAUAUAUCGUUGACACAACUGACCUCCGGAGUUUUUCCCACAUUGAGGCGAAUCUGUACGACAAGAUGCGCCUCACGUUGCAAAUGUUGAUCUCCCACGGCCGGAUGGCCCGGAGGAUGGGUUUGGGCCCGCAGUCCAGAAUCAACAUGCUGCGGAACAUUUUGACAGGACUGGUCCGACACGAGCGGAUAGAAACCACACUGGCCCGAGCAGAUGAAGUCCGUUUCUACGCCGAAAAGCUGGUUGACUAUGCCAAAAAGGGAGACACUGACGAGAAGGCGAUGAAAAUGGCCAGUUUUUGGCUGACGGAGAAGGAUCUUGUCCCAAAGCUCUUCAAGGUCCUGGCACCACGGUUUGAGAAUCAGUCAAAUGGCUACACGCGGUUGGCACGCAUCCCCAACAGACAGAACCUGGACAGAGCAAAGAUGGCUGUCCUGGAGUACAAAGGCAACCCUUUUCCACCCCUUUAUCCUGCAAAAAAAGAAAAUGAACUGACUCUCAUCAACCAGCUCCUCAAAGGCUACAGAGAGGACAGAGCACAACAGUUAGCCACAAAACCGUAAUUACCACCAUCGUGGAGAUGGAUCAAAGAUUGCUGGAGGGUGAUGGUGGGACACUGAACUGCUUCUGAAGAGUCACUUGCAGAUUCUGCAGACUAUGGCUGAAAGAGACUGAUGCAUUUCUUUACCAAAAGAAGCUGCAGUGUCGACUGAAUGACAGCUCUGAUGUCUGAUAAUGUAUUAAUAAAUAUUAUUUCUUAAGAUAA